CGUCCGACCCGCGGGGACCGGGACCGCCCCGCCCCGUGGUCUCCCCCGGAAAGUCCGGACUUCAUCGGUCCGGGCCGGCUCCGCCCGGGGAGCCCACGGCCGGGCUCCUUUCUGGGCCUCAGCCCCCUGACCUGCAGAAAGAGAAGGCCGGGCCGGGCGCAGGGUCUCCGAGGGCGGCGGCCCGUGAUUGGCUGCACGCAGGCCCGGGUCCCUCCUCCAGGCCGGGGGCGGCCGCGGGGGAGGGCGGAGCUUUGUUACCGCUGGCCGUUUCAGUUAGACUACGGCGCCGUCCGAAAAGGGCCCUGAGCGCGAAAGGGGGCGGGGCGUGAACCCCCCUGUAACCAGCUGGGCUGCUUGGAGAGCCGGUCACUCAGCCUGUGAGAGCGGCCGGCGCCGAGAGGCUCCGAGAGCCCCGCGUCUUGCACAUAAGAACAAACCACGCUUCCAUGUUGAUUUAGGCGGGCGCCUUCUCCCGGAGCCGUGAUGAGAGCCGGAUGAGACAAUGCCGUGAAGCGUUUUGCAAAACGCAUUUGUCGACCACCUACUAUGUGCCGGGUACUGAUGCUGAGUGCUAGGAAUACAAGUGAAGACCAAGAAAGGGUCUCUGUUCCCACGGAGCUUGCGGACAAGCAAGACACGGAGCAAGCAAGGAGUUCUCUCUUUCAAUUUGCUUUUUGCAAAGCGGUUGGGGUUAACUGACUUGCCCAAAGUCACACUGCCACAGCAGAAGCCCCAGCCAUGUGCGAGGGACCUUCCAAGAUCUCGGGCCCCAUCCCUCCUGAUCCCACCCUGUUCCCCAACUACUACAAGCGCCCGGGCACACCCCGGAGCCUUGAAGGAAGUGCUCGGAAGCUAAGCCUGGAGCCUCCCUGGCAACCAGGUGCCCCCCUGGACCAGCCUGCUCCUCAAAUUCACCCCGGAUCCCAGCAGAGCCUGGUGGGAGUUCUGCUGCAGCUCCAGGAGGUCUCGUUGGGCAGCGAGCCGUUGCCCAGGAGGAAGGACCUAAAAAACCACGAGAAGGAGAACGUGAGGCGGAUCCGGGAGAUCCAGAAACGGUGCCAGGAGCAGGAGCGGGGACAAGACCACGGCCGGCCGAAGCCGCUCAAGGCCCUGUGGCGCUCACCCAAGUAUGACAAAGUGGAGUCCCGGCUGAAGGCCAAGCUGCAGGAGCCAUCCCCUGCCUCUGUGCCAGAGCUGCCGGCUUUCCUGCGGGCUUAUUCCCGCUGUGGGCCAGGGGUGCAGCCUCGCCGUGGGGCUUCCGCGGGCCCGGCUUUGCCCAGCACUGAUGGCUCCCAGCCUCCGGGCCCUGACGCCAAGGGCCAGGGUCCGGUGGUGGACUUCAUCACCCACAAUGCUCGGACGGCCAAGGUGGCACCUCGGCGGCGGUCACGCUCCCUGCAGUGUCUAGCUGAGGUACGGGAGCAGCAGCGGCGAGCCCAGGAGGAGUACAACACCAGGCAGAAGGGCCACGUGCCCCACUACCUGGUGGAACGGAAAGAUCUGUGGCGCCGGGAAGCUGAGGAGCGCCUACGAAAUCAGCCCGACCCCGAAAUACCCCCAGGCCAUACCAUGAUGCCCGAGAGCCAGCGCCUGAGCACCCUGAAGUCCCUUCUCCAGAAACAAGAAGAACUGCUUAAGGAGCUGGUGCUGUUGCCUUCUGGAGCCGACUCCCUUCGAGCCCAGAAUCACAAGGCUGAGCUAGAGAAGAAGCUUUCCCAGGUGGAGGAGGCCCUCAAGAUCUUCUCCCGACCCAAAGUCUUUGUCAAGAUGGAUUCCUGAGCUCUUCCCCUCUGACCCACAGGAAGGCCACUGGAAACCCCUCUGCCCUUUCUGAGUGGUUUGAGGGGUCCUGAAAGGGAAGGUUCUCGCACUUGUGACCCAAGUGUACUGUGGUAACCCCCUGAACCCCUCCCCAAGGGCAGCAGAAGGAACAAGCCCAGGGAGCCACCGUCAAGAAUAUUUUUCUGUUUUUAAAUUAAACCUUUUUUUACAUGAACAGUGACCCCAAUCUCCUUUCUCCUGACCUCUUCCCAAGUUAAUGUUUCUCUAGAAAUGCCAGGCUAAGUGGGCAUGGAGGCAUGGAGAGGGGGCUCUGUCAGCCACAUCAGCCAGCUUUGGGGGGAGAGUGACAGUAGGACAGCUAUUCCUGCAGGACCCAAAGCUCAGCAGCUUUGUCAGUUCCGGGGAGUCAUGCUGAGAGGGGUCCCAGGCCCCUUGGUGGCUGCCUAUGGAUGAGGGCCAGGAGAAGCUGCUGCUGAGAACAAUGACAGUGGGACAGCACAGCCCACAAGACAUCCUGGCUCCUUCCUCUUCCUCUCCCUGAGUCCUGGGAAGGAGGAAAAGGCCAGCUCUGGCCCCUGCAGGCCUGGCCCCCUUAUGGCAUUUGUGACUCAGCUGCCCCCAAAGAGCUUUCCCUGUAGUGGAGAAGGGCUA